GCACUGGCCUUUCUCACAACUUCGCAAGCUUGCUUUGAGUGGUGCUGAGUUGCAGAGCUUAGGAGAAAGGAUUGUUGAGAGAGAAUGGAGGGGAAGGAAGAGGAUGUUAAGCUUGGAGCCAACAAGUUCACAGAGAGGCAGCCGUUGGGCACAGCUGCUCAGACGGACAAGGACUACAAGGAUCUACCACCAGCACCCUUGUUUGAGCCCGGGGAGUUGAAGUCAUGGUCUUUUUACAGAGCCGGGAUUGCUGAGUUCAUGGCCACUUUCCUGUUUCUCUAUAUCACCAUUUUGACUGUUAUGGGUGUGAAAAAGUCACCCACCAUGUGUGCCAGUGUUGGUAUUCAGGGGAUUGCUUGGGCUUUUGGUGGUAUGAUCUUUGCCCUUGUCUACUGCACUGCUGGUAUCUCAGGAGGACACAUCAACCCAGCUGUGACCUUUGGUCUGCUACUGGCGAGGAAGCUGUCUCUUACCAGGGCAAUUUUCUACAUCAUAAUGCAGUGCCUUGGUGCCAUCUGUGGGGCUGGUGUUGUUAAGGGCUUUGAGGGUUCCCAAUCCUAUGAGGUGUUGGGUGGUGGAGCUAACGUUGUGAAUUCUGGCUACACCAAGGGUGAUGGCCUUGGUGCUGAGAUUGUUGGCACCUUCGUUCUUGUUUACACUGUCUUCUCUGCUACUGAUGCCAAGAGAAACGCCAGAGACUCUCACGUCCCUAUUUUGGCCCCCCUCCCCAUCGGGUUUGCAGUGUUCUUGGUUCACUUGGCCACCAUCCCCAUCACAGGAACUGGCAUUAACCCAGCCAGGAGUCUUGGAGCUGCUAUCAUCUUCAACAGAGAGCAUGCAUGGGAUGACAUGUGGAUCUUCUGGGUGGGACCCUUCAUUGGAGCUGCUCUUGCUGCCAUGUACCAGCAGAUAGUCAUCAGAGCCAUUCCAUUCAAGAGCAGGGCUUGAGACUUCCAUCUCCUUUCUCUUUUUUGGCCUUUUUACCCCUUUUCUCUGUUGUGCAUUUUGUUUCUCUCAUGUGGAUUUGGUGUUUAAUGUACUCCUACUACCCUAAGUGUGUAAAUUAUUGAGUAUUCUUGUAUUAUUAUUAAGUAUGUUGGCCCCCCCUUUGAAUGAAGAAUUCUUUUAUCCUUCCCUGCCCAUAGGCAUAUACUACAUCCAUGAGUAUGAGGUAUAUAUUUUUGUGGCUUUGCUGUAAUCAACUAGAAUUAUUUUGUGA